AGGGUGGGGCUUAUGGAUCUGGAAGGGAAUUCAGGUGUCUAUCAAUGACUACACUGUAGCUGCUAAAUCAAGAAAGCCAACAGCUGCUCUGCUCAGCGACUCAAGGCACACGUUGGGGCACAAAGCCAGAGCUUCAGGAUGGGAACUAAUGUGCAUCCUCAGAAGGAGCAAUGCUUUCGAGGACCUCAUGAACUCUAUUUCAAGACUCUGUCAAAACAAAAAAAAGUGAUGGAGAAGAAUGGAAACAACCGAAAGCUUCGUGUUUGUGUUGCUACGUGUAACCGAGCUGAUUACUCAAAACUUGCACCUAUCAUGUUUGGCAUUAAAGCAGAACCACAAUUCUUUGAACUUGAUGUCGUGGUACUUGGCUCUCACCUGAUUGAUGACUAUGGAAACACCUACCGUAUGAUUGAACAAGAUGAUUUUGACAUAAAUACAAGACUGCACACCAUAGUUAGGGGUGAAGAUGAGGCUGCCAUGGUGGAGUCCGUAGGCCUCGCAUUAGUAAAGCUGCCAGAUGUCCUCAAUCGUCUAAAACCUGACAUAAUGAUUGUGCAUGGAGAUAGGUUUGAUGCACUGGCCCUGGCCACAUCUGCUGCCUUGAUGAAUAUUCGAAUUCUUCAUAUUGAAGGUGGAGAAGUAAGCGGGACCAUAGAUGACUCUAUCAGACACGCUAUAACCAAGCUGGCGCAUUAUCAUGUGUGUUGCACUCGAAGUGCAGAACAGCACCUGAUCUCUAUGUGUGAGGACCAUGAUCGCAUCCUGCUAGCAGGCUGUCCCUCCUAUGAUAAACUUCUUUCUGCUAAAAAUAAGGACUACAUGGGCAUUAUUCAUAUGUGGCUGGGUGACGAUGUAAAAGCAAAAGAUUAUAUAGUUGCACUACAGCAUCCCGUGACUACUGACAUUAAACAUUCCAUAAAAAUGUUUGAAUUGACAUUGGAUGCCCUUAUCUCAUUUAACAAGAGGACACUGGUUCUGUUCCCAAAUAUUGAUGCAGGGAGCAAGGAGAUGGUUCGAGUAAUGCGAAAGAAAGGCAUUGAGCAUCAUCCCAAUUUCCGAGCAGUUAAACAUGUUCCAUUUGACCAGUUCAUACAACUAGUGGCUCAUGCUGGAUGUAUGAUUGGUAAUAGCAGCUGUGGUGUACGGGAGGUGGGAGCUUUCGGUACCCCCGUAAUCAACCUGGGAACACGUCAGAUAGGAAGAGAAACAGGUGAAAAUGUUCUUCAUGUUCGGGAUGCUGAUACCCAAGACAAAAUACUGCAAGCUCUUCACCUUCAAUUUGGCAAACAAUAUCCAUGUUCAAAGAUAUAUGGGGAUGGGAAUUCUGUUCCAAGAAUUCUGAAGUUCCUUAAAUCUAUCGAUCUCCAAGAGCCUCUGCAAAAGAAGUUCUGCUUUCCCCCUGUUAAGGAGAGCAUCUCUCAAGACAUUGACCACAUUUUGGAAACUCAGAGUGCCUUGGCUGUUGAUCUAGGUGGAACAAACCUCCGGGUUGCCAUAGUCAGUUCCAAGGGUGAAAUAGUUAAGAAGUAUACGCAGUUCAAUCCUAAAACAUUUGAAGAUAGAAUAAAAUUAAUCCUUCAGAUGUGUGUGGAAGCUGCAGGAGAAGGUGUAAAGCUAAACUGCAGAAUUUUGGGAGUAGGUAUUUCCACAGGUGGACGCGUAAAUCCUCGUGAAGGAAUUGUGCUUCAUUCUACUAAGCUUAUUCAGGAGUGGAGCUCUGUGGAUCUGAGAACCCCAAUUUCAGAUACUUUGCAUCUCCCUGUCUGGGUGGACAAUGAUGGUAACUGUGCUGCCUUGGCAGAGAGGAAAUUUGGUCAAGGAAAAGGACUGGAAAACUUUGUGACCCUGAUUACUGGCACAGGAAUUGGUGGUGGAAUCAUUCAUCAGCAUGAGCUGAUCCACGGCAGUUCAUUUUGUGCUGCUGAACUCGGGCACUUGGUGGUGUCAUUGGAUGGACCAGAUUGCUCAUGUGGGAAUCAUGGGUGUAUCGAAGCGUACGCCUCUGGAAUGGCCUUGCAAAGAGAAGCUAAAAAACUACAUGACGAAGACCUGCUAUUAGUGGAAGGAAUGUCAGUGAAAAAGGAAGAAACUGUCAGUGCCCUUCAUCUCAUCCAGGCAGCUAAACUGGGCAACGCAAAAGCCGAAAGUAUCCUCAGAACAGCAGGGACAGCUCUGGGCCUUGGUAUUGUGAAUAUCCUGCACACCAUGAACCCCUCCCUCGUCAUCCUUUCUGGAGUCUUAGCAAGCCAUUAUGUUAACACUGUCAAAGAUGUGAUCCGCCAACAGGCCUUGUUCUCUGUUCAGACAGUGGAUGUGGUGGUCUCGGACUUGGUGGACCCUGCCUUACUUGGAGCUGCUAGCAUGGUUUUAGAUUAUACCACACGCAGAAUAUACUAGAGAUUUCGUUUGUGUAAUUACUAAAUAGGUUGGUUUUAACACGAGGGUUUUUGAUUCAACUUUGAUAAUCUGUCUUCUGUUUUACCAAAACAAAUGAUACAUCUCCUUAAUUUAGCUAGCUUGGUUAGCCAGAGGUACCUUUUUGUCCCCUUUUUAGAGGCCUCAGAUUUGCAGCUGUUGCUGGAAUAAGUAUUCAUCGAUAUGGCUUUUUUUUUUUAAGUAGUAGUUAAGCACCUUCAAAGUUCUUAGUGACCACAUUUCUCUAUGCCUGAGACAUUUAGGUGAUGGAUUGGGUUAUCCAGGACCUCCCGAAGAAGCUCAUUGCUAGGUAGAUACAUGCCCACCUUUGAGAUGGGUACACCUCCAUGUGUGAGUGUGUGUCCCCUAUGUGUCCCCUACCCCCAGCAUUAAGUUCUGCACAUCACCUGGGCUGUGUGCAAGAUAAGACUUCAUCCUUGAACUGUCAAAUUCCUGGAGUAAUGUUGUGAAAUUCUCUUGUUCUUAUUUAUCGUAUUUUAUUUUUGAAAGAAGUUUUUCCAAGUUACUGUUCAGAGGACAAACUGGCAAAUGUCAGUUUACACUUCUGGGGCAUGUGGUUGGCUGGAGGAGGAGCAUUGUUUGAGGACACCUUGAAGGGAAGCAGGCUUGGUCCUUCAGGCUGAAGAGCAAUUUUGAUGUGGAAAUUGUCAAGCAGAAAAGGGGAGCUCAUGUGGAGUGUGGGGAGUUACAUCUGGGAUUGUCCCAGCCCUUUCCCCUCUUUUCCUCCUGCUGGCAAAGGACUGUCUGUGUAAGGUAAUGCCAAAUUGCAGUUGAAUGUGGAGUCAGCAAUGCAAAGUGAAACCUAACUUACCUCAAGUAAGAUAGGGCAAGAGAACCAAAUCUGGUUCAGUGGCAGUAUCUACCCUUUUCAACACUACCCUAGCACUUAUCAUCUUGUAUAGAUUUGGAUCCUUGUGCAUUAUCUGUUGCACCAUUCAGCAUUUUUUUCCAUCAAGAAGUCCUGCACUGCAGCUAGAUUUGAUGAAAAAGUGUUAUGCUGAUGGCAUAUCCAGUGUGGAUGAAACACAAAUUAGAGAUGACUGCCUAAGGAGCUAGAUGGUAUUAUACGACUGACACAAGAAUUAGUGUCUUGAAGCAUGACUUCUGUAGCACUUGGACUAUAAAGAAAUCUUUACUUGUAUUGCAAGAAACUGUAGGUCAUCUGCAAAGAGGGGGGUGUGUGUGUGCACGUGCGUGCGUGCACACGCACUUGUAUGUACAUGGUAAAUUCUCUCUAAAUCAAUGGUUCAAGCUUCCUGAAAAUACUAGCCUGUUGGAUCUCAGGUCUAUUCACCUACUUGUUUGACAAAUCUGGCAGAGAGUCAUAGUGAGGCAGUCACAUGACCUUGCCCUCAGCUUCUUCCCAGAAGCUCACGGCUAGCUGUUGGGACCAGUAGUUUCUGGAAAUGAGUUGCCUGCCCUUUUAGGAUCUUGCCACUGGCCAAAAGGUAACCCCCAUUCCCUAAGUUUCCUGAGUGCAAUAAUUUUAUGGCUUGCCAUUUCUCCCACUUUUCUCACUCUUGGCCAACUUCUGAUGAAACGUUAGUAGAACAGUGCUUGGCACGUAGCAAAUGCUUAAAUACCAUCAUUAUUAGUAGUAGUUAAUAUAAGGAGUACCUUGUGUUCAUAGAGUGUUGGUCUUAGGGCAUGGUGGCGGGUAAACUGUUCGUUGGAAAAGCUAGACCAGUUUAACGGGUACAAGCAGUCCUCAGACUUACAACACAGUUGGUUCUUGAAAAAAACUUAGCCUGAAGUUGGAACCACUUUUCUCACAAGAACAAUCUUACCAUUGGAGGAUUGGUUGCUGAACCAAGGUCAGAUACCGAGUAUUUUGUUUUUAAAUCCAAAUUACCCUAUUACAUAGUCAACCAGAGCCGAGUAAUACGGUUAGAGUAAUACGUUUAUACUGAAUUAGGUUUCAUGCUAGGAUAGCUGACUUAUACUUUACUGAAAGUAAAAUGGGCAUGUUGGCCUUCCCUGGUGAUGCUCUCCCCAAUUUCAGCUUAUAAAAUUUUCUCUCUUCCUUAUGGCUCCGGGGCAGCCCCGGAGCUAGUGCCAUAAUGGAGACUAGUGAAGUCAAAACUGCUGUGUGUUGUAAAGCUUAAAUAGGGUAUUUAUUUAGAAACAUUCUAUAUGAAGUAGAGGCUCUUUGUAACUCAUAAUGUCUGAAGUUGAGGACUGCUUGGAUUCUGUUUUAAACCAGCACUCGCACUGUGUGUCUUAUCAGUCUUGUCUUAUUCAGUCCUCCUUAUCAAGCCAACUUUCAGCUUUAGACAGAUGCUGUAGUUGCUGUGUUCUAUUGUAGGUUAUUUUUGGCAAAACUGAGACAGCCACAAUUAUAACCUAAUCAUCAAAUCAGUAUUAGUCAACUCCACUAUCAGCUUAUAUCCUAAGAAAGGAAAAGUGUGUCACAUUUGAAAUUCCUGGCUGCUUAAUUUAAUGAAGUCCAGAAGGUGUGUAUGUUGUCCAGAGGGCAACCCUUUUACUGAAAUGUUUUGGUCAUCACAUCCUACAGCAUUAUCCCGGGAUGGAAGACCAUCAAACAGGUGCUUUUAGGCAAGGCGGCGAAAGUGAGAACAACCACCGUUACCAUAUUUACUUACAAAACUGCCCUACUUUUUUCCCCCCAAAAAACUGUGCAACACCAACAGAGCUGGGGGUGGGGGGGAUGCGGUGGUCUUAGAAGAGUUAAGUAUAGCAAUAUGGAGAGCAGUUAUUGCACUCUUCCAAGUGCUGCAUUACAUCCUCAUGCACAUACACUUCUCUUCCUAUCUGGAGUUUGCAGGCACUACUCAAACUCCCCUUCCCCACUGUGAGCUGGCUGUGCUGCCAUUAUGUUCUGAGCCUUCUUGUCUUCCUAUCCCUUUGCACUAAAGACUGCUCACAAUUAUGUAUGAAAAAUAAUCUUUUCAAAAACUGGGGUGGAGGUACUCAUCUAAUAUGGUAUUUCACUUAUGAAAAGCCUCAAUGCCUGCAUAUGCCAAUUAAGUGGACGGGGACAAUGUCUACCCCCAGUUAGUGUACUCUCCCAAGCACUUAGUACAGUGCUGUGCACCCUAAGUGCUCAAGUGAUUGAGUUAUAGCUAGUAUGCCAAGUGUUUACUAAAGAUGCAAUAUUACGCCUAAGAAUUCUGAAGUCUUCAUGAAUUUAUAAGGCUAGAAUUGACUUUUGUCUUCCUUCUUAAAUGGCUUCACUUAAGAAUGCUUUCUUUCCAAUAUUUUCAGGGCCUUUUCAUUUGUAAAUCUCCUGCUGACUCUACAGAAUGUAGACUAGAGCAACUCCAUGCUCUACACUUAUGGCCGUGGCUUAUGGUAUACAGCACUUCUGGUGCCAGAGUAGGAUAGCCAGACAUUACAUCUGCUGUCUUGCCUUCUACUUCAGAAUGUUGUUUUAAUCUAGUACUUCUAGUACUACUCUGCCUUGCUAGAAAAUCAUUAGAAGUCUGAGAGCCAUUUCCAGCAGUCAGGCUGGCAAAAUAUCGGAGUUGUACUUUGAAACCAACUUGGUAUGUUAUUUAAUAGUGAGAUGAAUGAUGUAAUAGCCACUUUAUACUAGAGUUGUCAAACUGUAGUUUAGUGCCCUGCACACAGUACUCAAGUACCAUUUGAUGAUGAAAAUGCAGCUGAAUAAUCAAACAAUUGAGGGCAAGUCCAGUCAAAAAUCUCUCACUCCAGGAGUAAGGUGCAAGAUUGUAAACUCCUAGAGUGCACAGAUGUCUACCAAUUGUAUUGUAUCGUACUCUUCAAUGCACUUCAGUCCUCAUAUACCAUUGAUUAAAGCUAAAAGAUGAUCUAUAAAGCCAUCCCAUAUUGUAGUAAUGUGCUGGACUGUGCUCUUAAGCUUAAGCAUUCAAGAGCCAAGUCAAGUAAAAGCAUGUCAGGAUGUCCAAUAGAUGGACAGAUUGUAGAGAGUACAGAUUAUAGUCACUCAUUGGGCUUCACAUGGUAUUACACAGAUUUAGAGUUAGUUAUGCAGCUCAAUAUUGAUUAAACUUAGUUGCUUUACUAAUGAUGAGAACACUCUGUGCAUCUUUUACCUAAUUACUAUACCCUACACUUAGACUUUUCCAAGCCUACACACCACAGCAUCCCUGGAUGUUGUUUCCUUUACAAUAAAAUCCAUCUUGACCAGUAUCCUUUGUAAUGUUGUGAAUUAGGUCUUAUUUCUUUACCCAUGGAUUGUAUGGUCGAUUCUUGUUAUAAAUUCUCCGAUAAUUUAAAACCAUUAAACAUACUUUUUGAAUACUUUAA